UUUGACUCGCGGUGAAAACCCUCUCCCCCCUCUCUGCUCUGCCGCCUCCUUCACCUCACCCAAACUUUCUCUCUUCCCUGUACUACUACUCCAGUUCCCAAUUUCCCACCCAACUUCAGGGAGGGGGCGCAGAAAUCACCGUGCUCCAUCAGGGUACAUAAUGGCGCUGAUCGAUUGUAUAGAACUGAGUGAUGAUGCCGAGAUCAUUGAAUUGAGCAGUGACGAGGAGAAUGUUGAAGAAUACCACAAUGCUUCCACACAGAGCAACUCAGCUCAGCACCAAGCUACAUUGCAUGAUGAUAAGACCAUGUUCAUCGCAGAAGGUGAAGGGGGGGAAGAGGCUACCGGAAAUGCAGAGGAAGCUACUGCAUCCUCCUUCGUCACUGAAAGGGAGUCUGGAAAUCCAGAGGAAGCUACUGCAUCCUCCUCCGUCACUGAAAAGGAAUCUGGAAAUCCAGAGGAAGCUAUCAUAUCACAGACUUGUCCUCACACUCCAACAGCCGUUGCUACUGAAAAAGAGUCUGGAAAUCCAGAGGAAACAUCACAGACUUUUCAUCACACUCCAACAGCCGUGACAUUCCCCGGCCCUGAUUCUAUCCCUCCGAAGGCUCUGACUUUUGAAACUUGUGUCGCCAAGCCGCGAAGAGCGAAGGCUCUGACUUUUGAAACUUGUGUCGCCAAGACGCGGAGAGUGAAGGCGAAACGUCGCAGGAAGCUCUAUACGGGUACACCUAGGACUUGGAGAAGCCCUAGGCUUGAAGAAAAGCAUAAAGGUCGUAGAAGGCUCAUGGAAGAGUUGGCAGUUGAGCUCAAGAGGUCUCGCAUGCUCGAAGAAGAAGAAGAAGAAGAAGAAGAGAAGAACACCUCGGCUAGGAGCCGGAAGAAAAGCAAGUUGUUCGGGGAACAGUGCAGAAAGUCUCCAGCAGGCUGAUCCCGCGAAACUAAGGUAGUCGACUGAAGAUGAUCGUCUCGAAACUGUCUGGAUUUUGGUGGUCCGGUUUGGCUCUACUGUGACGCGGGAAGAAUCACUGGUGCUGUAUGUCUACUGUCUAGUCGAGUUUGGGGCUCUUUUGCGUAGUGGUUUGGUCGUGUUGCCCUUGCCCUGUCCUGUCCUGUCCGUACACAAGAGAGAGGCGGAUCGUGCACUAUUGAUUAAGGCAUCAUUUUAAAUGGUUAAUAUGUAAAAUAACAUCAUAUUUAGAUUUUUAAAAAAUAUCAUCAAAUUUCAUAUA